UGCUGGUGGUGGGCACCAAGAUUAGCAUGCGGUGGUAGCGAGCCUUGCAGGACCAGGAGAGCGUAGCUGGGAGGGACUGCGUGCGGAGAUGGCCGGGCGCGAGCGGAGCGCGCGCGCAAUGGCGGCGCCGCCCCCGCCGCCGCUGCUGACCAACGAGCUGUCGCGCAGGACGCCGGUGCUGGGGCUGCGACUCUGGGUGCUCGUCGGCCUCGCCGUCGGCGCCGCCUUCCUGCUCCUCCUCGCGCUCAUCUCGGUCCACCUCGCGGUGGCCGCUCGGCGGCGCCGUCCCAAGGGGAAGGCGGCCGCGGCGCCGGCGCCGCAUUCGCCGGCGGUGAACAUCCCGCCCGUCUCCAAGGAGAUCCAGGAGGUGGCCGUCCACGUCGGCUCCCUCCGCCACUACCUUGAGAUGGGCGCCGCGUACCUCAAGGACGGCAGCAAGGACGGCGGCGACUCGCUGUGCGGCAGCGUGGCGCACGGGUCGCAGCGCGUGCACAUCGAGGCCGGCAAGGACCGCCGCAUGGUGGCGCACGCCGACGCGGAGGCCGGGUCCGUGCAGUCCGACCCGGCGUCGUCCCUGGGGGUGGGGCCCGAGGUGUCGCACCUCGGCUGGGGCCACUGGUACACGCUCCGGGAGCUCGACGACGCCACCGCCGGCUUCGCCCCCGACCGCGUCGUCGGCGAGGGCGGCUACGGCAUCGUCUACCUGGGCGUCUUCGCCGACGGCCGCCAGGUCGCCGUCAAGAACCUCCUCAACAACAGGGGGCAGGCGGAGCGGGAGUUCACGGUGGAGGUGGAGGCGAUCGGACGCGUCCGCCACAAGAACCUGGUCCGGCUGCUGGGCUACUGCGUCGAGGGAGCGCACCGGAUCCUGGUGUACGAGUACGUCGACAAUGGCAACCUCGAGCAGUGGCUUCACGGCGACGUCGGGCCCGUCAGCCCGCUCUCCUGGGACGCCCGGAUGGACAUCGUGCUCGGCACGGCCAAAGGGAUCACGUACCUGCACGAGGGGCUGGAGCCCAAGGUGGUGCACAGGGACAUCAAGUCGAGCAACAUACUGCUGGACAAGCGGUGGAACUCCAAGGUCUCCGACUUCGGCCUCGCCAAGCUCCUCGGCUCCGACAGCAACUACGUCACCACCAGGGUCAUGGGAACGUUCGGUUACGUGGCGCCGGAAUACGCGAGCACGGGCAUGCUGAACGAGCGGAGCGACGUGUACAGCUUCGGGGUCCUCAUAAUGGAGAUCAUCUCCGGCCGGUGCCCGGUCGACUACGCGAGGCCUCCAGCCGAGGUUAACCUCGUGGAGUGGCUGAAGAAGAUGGUGGGCAACAGGGACUACGAGGCGGUUUUGGACCCGAAAUUGCCGGAGAAGCCUACCUCCAAGGCCCUGAAGAAGGCGCUCCUUGUCGCGCUGAGGUGCGUCGACCCCGACUCGCACAAACGGCCCAAGAUGGGGCAUGCCAUCCAUAUGCUCGAGGUCGACGACUUCCCGUACCGAGAGGAUCGUCGGACUAUGCGGCCGUGCCAAGGCAGCCCCCUGGAGAAAUCAAGGGUUGUUCCCGGGAAGCCGGCGACGGAAUCAGGCCACAGCAGUUGCUACGAUGGUAACACCAGCACCGCCGCCACUACGCCGUCCAGGUUCCAGUAGGGCUAGUUCGCUCGCACGUCGUAGGUUUUUGCUUGCAUGGUUGCUGCAACCCUGCUGCGUUCAGUAAGCUCUAGGGAGCUUGGAAACGCGGUGCUGUAACUUGUUUUGGUCGGUGUCGUUCUUCCUCUGGCUCUUCUGCCUCGUAAGUUUUGUGGAAGCCCUGCUUGAUCUGUCGAAAAGGUGUAGGUGAGCAUAUCCUCGAUGAAAAGUUUCCCCCAGUUUGUCUGCUCUUCGUAGGUGUUCCCCGCUGUGAUUGACAUAGCUUGCCGGACUGUUGUAUAGUGAAUUUUAUUCUGGUGUCAGAUCGUUCCUCAUCCA